UGGUGACAUCCGUAUACACGCGCAUGCGCGUGAUAUUACAGGGGCGAGGAGGCGCAGACGCCUAGACACGUAGAAAACGACGCGGAUUUGUGUAGUCCACGUGUUCAUCAAAAUUAUUAUUAAAUAAUAUUUAAUAGUUAAAUAUAUAUUCCGUGAGAGUGAAGUUAAAAUUAGCAAAUUAAUUUCCCGUUAGAACAGUUCACAGGUACUGUUGAGGAAAAUCUGCUGUGCCUUACUAAGCCCGAUUUGACAUCACUAAUUUGAGUAUUUACUUCAAUAUGCCAAAAACGCCUGCUGAACGUGCACGGGAAUACAGAGCUCGGAAAAAAUUGCCGAAACAAGAAAAACCGCGAGCGCAAACAGCAGCACAACGCAAUCGAAAAUAUAGGGCUCGACAAAAGGCUUUGAGAAAUGCAGUCGCCACUAUCGGAGACAAUUCAUCAUCGACGAAUUUCUUUGGGCCAAGUGAAUUACCCAUAGUCAAUACAGACAAUCCACAACCCAGUACCAGCAGAGACGAUGGUAACAUAUUGCAUAAAUAUUUAUCACAAACGAGUGGCCAAGCUGAGCAGGCUCAAGUUCCUGUUGAAAAUACUGAGGGAAGAAUAAUUGUCAUUCACGCCGACGUUCAUCAGGUCAAUCCAUCGCAAAGUCCAAUGAAUCCGACUUCAACUACAUCCACAAAGACGAGGAAAUCAGUCGCUCAGCGGUGUCGUGAAUAUAGACAGCGAAAAAAGAUGCGGGAAGAUGCCAAUACUAUAGUCGUCCAAAGACCAGUUGUUUCUUCAGUUAUUGUGAACGUGCCUUCGAAUGAAGUGGAGGACCGGAGUAAUGCAAUCAGAACUCAAAAGAAAUGUAAGGACAUAUUCAAGCACGACGCUGAAACGGAGAUCGUACUGGAACCGGAAGCAGAUAUAGAGAUUAAAAAUGAAAUCGAUUGCCUUGACGAUGAUGAUAUAAAUAAAGUGACGGAGAUUUACGAAGAUAUAUCAGAUCAAGAUUCUGAACCGGAUGCUAUUUUUGAUUUUGAAGCUGAAAUGGAUAUGAAAACUGACAUUGAGCUAACGAAUGAUGAAUAUACGACAUCUGGGCUGAACACCCCCCAAAUAAAUGCGCCUACAUUGGGUUUUCCGAACACUAUACAGUCGCAAAUUUGUGUUACUAUCCGACCAAAUACUUCUUUGAAUGCACCAAUGCUGACCUCUGGUGAAGCUGACGGAGCAAGUGGAGACAAUACAAUUUCGCCUCCAGCAACUACUUCAGAUAAAUCUAAAAAGUCGGUAGAAAAAGCAUGCAAAAAAAGCAAAAUUGCUGUUCUUCCCUGUCCAUCAGAUAUUACGAAUGCCUCAGAUGUGGAGAAUAAAGAAAGACGAGUCGUUAUAAUCUCACCCCCAUCAACUUCUUUGAAUAAAUCUACGCAAGCUACAAUUGACACCGCCAAGGAGGAAAAAAUGGUUCUUUCCCAUCCAUCUCCAACUGCGGCAAAAUGUAAAAGAGAAAAAAUUUGUAUUGCCCGCUCAAAAAUUACUUUGGAUCCCUCUUUGAUACCCUCAGAGGUGACGGGCACUGAAAGUUUUAACACCAAACAUUCUUCGCAUACGUCCGUACCUGAAGAUACAACAAAUGGAUCGAAAAAGCGCAAGAUCACAUCUCUUAAUGAAAUGUACGAAAUCAUUUUAAAGAGCAUAAGUAAGCGAGAUGACCGAAAAGAGCAAAUUAUGGGUAUUUUGCAUAGACUAACAGUUGCCGUAACAAGAUUGGCAGAUAACGUUCAGAGACUAGAGGAAGUAUUGACAUUUUUUACGAAUGAUUAA